AUGGCAACAGUCCCGCCCAAGCACCAGCAAUCCACGGUCCCGCCGCGUGCGACCCUACCUUUCGACCAGCGCCAGCAACCGACCAUACGACUGUUUCCUCUGAGCAAUUACACGUUUGGCACAAAAGAGACGCAGCCGGAGGAGGRCCCGUCAGUGAAGGAUCGAUUGCGCAGACUGGAGGAGCACUACGACAAACAUGGCAUGCGAAGGACUUGUGAAGCUAUCCUCGUCUGUCAUGAGCACAAUCMUCCGCAUGUUUUGAUGCUGCAGAUUGCAAAUGCCUUCUUCAAGCUCCCAGGGGAUUAUCUACCGCACAACGUCGAUGAAAUCGAGGGACUCAAAGUUCGGCUGAACGAACGACUGGCUCCCACCGGGUCAUUGAGCACAUCGGAAGACGCGGACAACGACUGGGAGAUUGGCGACACGCUUGCGCAGUGGUACAGACCGAACUUCGAGACCUUCAUGUAUCCGUUCCUGCCUCCACAUGUAACGCGGCCGAAGGAGUGCAAAAAGCUCUACCUCAUUCAGCUACCCAAGGCCAAAGUGUUGAGCGUGCCGAAGAACAUGAAACUGCUUGCAGUGCCUCUGUUUGAGCUUUAUGAUAACAGCCAGCGGUACGGCCCUCAGUUGAGUGCCAUUCCMCACUAUCUCAGUCGUUAUCGGUGGGAGUUUGUAGAUGAGGAUGGGGAGGUUGUGUCCUACACACCAGGAGGACCUGUGGAUGAAAGAGUAAAAACGAAGAUACUUGCGGGAGGCUCAGAGCAAGCCACAGGCGACGAAGGCGAGCAAGCUGUCGAGGCUGCCGAUGCGAUGGAGCAGUCGUAA